AUGCUGGUUUUGAAUCAACACGUAACGGAAAAUUCUUACUUUACGUUCGAUAAAUCAUUGAUACCCCUAUCAUUGGAAGAUGAUCAUUAUACCGACAAAGAAGACGGCUAUAAAGAAAAUCGAAACCAAGCGCCAUUUGUUCAAUUUGAUUUUGAUGAUGAAACAAUUGUCAACAAAAUGCCAUUACGAUCACUCAAUGGAAAUGAUACUACAAUGGCACCAUAUUAUGGCCAAAAUCAAACAACAACAAGUCCCGAUCUUAAUGACAACAAUGAUGAUGAAUUAUUGUAUAUUUGUAGAGCGUGUCGAGAUUACUGGAUUUGUUUACCAGAUCAAUUGAAAAAAAAUUAUCGUUGUAAACAUCGACAAAGACCGAUUAUAACAACGCCUCAACAUUUUUGGUCACUAGGUGUACCAAAUACACAAACAUGUUUAGAACGCGGUUAUGGUGGUGUUCGAAGUCCCACUGAACCAACUGAACGUUUAAGGCGACCACGUCGACAAUUUCAACAACAAGAAGAGAACGCACUGAAUAACAACAUUCUUCUAGACGAUGAGUAG